AUGGACGAGACUAAGCUUUACAUCAUCCUUGGUGCCGUCUUGGGCACAUUGGUCCUCUCGGGAGUCUCUGUUGCUGUUUUAUUCUGCUGGAAGCGUAACAAGAGAAGGGUUCGAGGCUUCUCUCUCCGCGCAGUCACGCCUCUGGACGACUCCGUCUUCGAAUCCUGGCGACGACCCAACGAACAUGCACAGGGCAACGAGAAGUACGGCAUCCGGCCUAUGCACUCGGCAGUUGUGCGUCAUGCAACAUCGCCUACCAUGUUCGAGAAGGAGCUCGAUCUGUACGAUCACCCUCGGUCACCUUCACCAGAAGAUAUUCCACCUCCCCUCCAAUCUCCUACCCACUCGAUACGCAAACCAGAGCGAGCAAGAAGGAAGUCUAGCGUUACAUCUACCAUUGCAGACCGACCACCCACUCCCUACUCGCCCAGUCCUACCCACAGCGACUUCCUUGCUGGGUCGUAUGGCUCUCGCAAGUCGCAAUCAUUGAUCCGCCACCAGCCUUCUAUGUCAGAAGCAUCCGCCUUCCGAUUCGAGUUCGAAUCGAAUCAUGAGGUCUACCAGAAGAAACCCGAACACUGGGUUUGA